GCAGCGAUGAACUGCAUUACAACACGCCACUGCUGAGAGAUUGAAGAUGCUGCUGUUGCUCCUGCUCCUCACGAGCGAUCAUCAGGUGGAGGUGAAGGUGGAGGAAGGCUCAGAGUCUGUCACCCUGCCCUGCAAAACAACACCUGACCUGCCUGAGAACACCAGAGUGGAGUGGACUCGCUCUGACCAUGAACUCUUGAUAGUUCAGGAGUAUUCAAACAAAGGUGGCAAACUUAUGAAACAGGACAAGUUUUACAGAGACCGAACAGAAAUGAAUGAAGACCUGCUGAAAACUUCAGUCUGACCCUGAAACAGCCCACAGAGAGACACAGGAGGAUACAUCUGCACCAUCUACAGGGACAAAGACAUCCUGAGACAGAAAGUAGUGCUGCACUAUGUCAGAGAAAAACUUCCACUUUGGGCCACAGCUGUCGUAGUUCUUCUUGUUCUUGUGUUUUUUGGGGGUCUCACAUAUAGAUUUCAACACUAUUUCAUGUCAGACUGUCAGGUGCAGGUGGAGUCAGGGGUGGAGUCUGUAAAGCUGCCUUUCAAAACCAAAGCAAAAAAUAUACCUGAAGAUGCUAAAGUGGAAUGGAAGGACAGAUACAACAACAAAGUCCAUGUGCACCAGAAUGGUUGUGAUAGGAUUGAAGACCAAAGCCCAGCAUACAGGAAGCGAACAGAGAUGAACCUGCUAGAAACUGGAGACCUCAGUCUGACCCUGAAAUACCCCACAAACAAGGACAGAGGCACCUACACCUGCACCGUCUACAACAAGGAGGGAGGAAAAUUCCAGAUAGACAAACAGGUGGAGCUUAAAGUCAGAGUCCCCCAGGUGGAGGUGGAUUCAGGGGUGGAGUCUGUCCAGCUGCCCUUCAAAAUCAGAGUUCGUCUGAUUAAAAAAAACUCCCUAAAGUGGAGUGGACGGAGAACAAGAAGAAGGUCCAUGUGUAUAAGAACGGCUCUGACCAGCCUGAAGAACAGCACCAGGAUUACAGAGAUGAAUGAAGACCUGCUGAAAUCUGGAGAUCUCAGUCUGAAACUGAAACACCCCACAGACUGGGACACAAACACCUACACCUGCACCGUCUACAGCAGGGAGGGAAACAUCCUGCUGAAGAAACAAGUGGAGCUUAAAGUCAGAGUCCCCCAGGUGGUGGUUGAUUCAAAGGUGGAGUCUGUCCAGCUGCCCUUCAAAACCAGAGUUAACGUGUCUGAAGAUGCUAAAGUGGAGUGGAAGGACAGAUACAGCAGGAAGGUUCAUGUGUAUCAUAAUGCAUCUGACCAGCAUGAAGAACAGGAUGAGGACUAUAGAGAUAAAACAGAGAUGAAUAAAGACCUGCUGGAAACUGGAGAGUUCAGUCUGACUCUGAAAAACCCCACACAGGGAAACAUUGGGAGAUACACAUGUUACGUCUGGAGAAAGGGAGACAUGAUCAGAUCGAAAACAGUGAUGUUAAAAGUAACAGUUUCUCGGGUGCCAUUGUCUAGAUAUUGAACUUUGGUUUUAUUAUAGUAAUUUCCUCUUUAUGAUAGAAUGAACUUUAAUGUCCCCUUGUUUAAAUUUGGUGUGGACUCUAGGAUUGUCACAGAAUCUGCCUUUACAAAGUCAAUAGACAUUAAAAGAAAAGAGGAAUAGAUAACAGAUAAAUAGUGUGUGUGUGUGUGUGUGUGUGUGAGAGAAUUUAAAUAAAAUCCAGAAGCUGUGCCUUGAUCAUCACAGAAACCUGGCUUCACCCAGGAGUACCUGAAGCUAGCGUGUUGUAUGCUCCCUCUAGGUGCAAUCUUUCAGAAAUACAAUAUCGCUUCUCACAGUUAUGCUGAUGAUAUACAGAUCUACUUUGAACUAACUGAUGAUCUCUGUCUCUGCACUGUUUGUGUGAGGUCAAAUAAUGGCUCUUAAGAAACUCUUAUCUUUAAUGAUAAGAAAACAGACAUCGUGGUAUUUGAUAGUAAUAUCCCUCGCGGCCAACUUGGUGAUGCCUUUGGUUCCCUUGCCAGUUCCAUCUCUGACACUGUUAGCAAUUUGGGCGUGUUGCUGGAUAGCUCUUUUAAAUUUGAUGAACAAGUGUCUGCUGUAAAUAGAUCUAGCUUCUACCAACUGCAUCUCAUUUCUAAGACUAGGCAUGCCCUCUGACUGGAACUGGGAGGUUUGCCUCUAUUACUGCUGUUCUUGCUGAUCUGCACUGCACCCAUUAAAUAUCAUAUCCAAUUUAAAAUACUGCUGCUUACUUUUUAAAUUAUCAACAACACAGCGCCGAGCUACCUUAUCGAAUUCCUUAGAUUGUCCUUGUUAGAGC